GUGUGUGUGUGUGUUUUCUUGUAGUCAGUUGUUCAGGCUUAUUAGGAAAAGAGGGAGUUGUCCAGCAGCAGAGGGGAGUUUUGCUGAAUGUUGGAGGAUGCAGCUCUCUGGGCUCUAACAGAAGUUGCCGAGGAUCGAACUUCUCCACUGACUCCAGGUUGUUUAAUCGGGGAGGAUGGAGACGAGUCCCAUCCCGGUGGUGACGGUCCAAACCGCCCCCUUUGAGGACCAGCGGCCCGGUACCAACGGGCUGCGAAGGAAGACUGCGGUGUUCGAGGGGAAGAAGAAUUACUUGCAGAACUACAUCCAGAGCGUUCUGUCCUCCAUCGACCUGCGGGACAGACAGGGCUGCACUAUGGUGGUGGGCAGCGAUGGACGCUACUUCAGCCGCGCUGCCACUGAAGUGAUCGUGCAGAUGGCAGCUGCUAAUGGGAUUGGUCGUCUGGUGAUUGGCCACAAUGGCCUCCUGUCCACCCCUGCUGUUUCCUGCAUCAUCAGAAAGAUCAAGGCCAUUGGUGGGAUCAUCCUCACAGCCAGUCACAACCCUGGAGGUCCUGGUGGAGACUUUGGAAUCAAGUUCAAUGUAGCAAAUGGAGGCCCAUCAUCAGACACAGGGAUGGAAAGGAUCCACCAGGUGAGCCGAACGCUAGAGGAGUACGCCAUCUGCCCUGAUCUUCGCAUUGACCUGUCAAGGCUGGGGCGACAAGAGUUUGAUCUGGAGAACAAGUUCAAACCAUUCAGAGUGGAGAUUAUUGACUCAGUUGAGGUGUAUCUACAAAUGCUUCGAAACAUCUUUGACUUCGGUGCCAUCAAAAGUCUGCUCACAGGACCAGAGCAGCUUAAGAUCCACAUAGACGCCAUGAGCGGAGUGAUGGGACCUUACGUACGUCGGAUCCUGUGUGAUGAGCUGGGAGCUCCAGCUAACUCUGCUGCAAACUGCGUCCCUCUGGAGGACUUUGGGGGCCGACCUCCGGAGCCCAACCUGACCUACGCCACUACUCUGGUUGAUGCCAUGAAAGGAGGAGACUUUGGCUUUGGAGCUGCAUUUGAUGCAGAUGGGGACCGCUACAUGAUCCUCGGGGACAACGGCUUCUUUGUGAACCCGUCAGACUCAGUGGCCAUCAUGGCUGCCAACCUCUCAACCAUCCCCUACUUCCGACAGAUGGGAGUGAGGGGCUUUGCCAGGAGUAUGGCCACAAGCACCGCACUGGACAGGGUAGCUAAAGCCAUGAAACUGGCGCUGUACGAGACUCCCACAGGCUGGAGGUACUUUGGGAACCUGAUGGAUUCUGGGCGUUGUUCCCUCUGUGGGGAGGAGAGCUUUGGAACAGGUUCGGACCACAUCCGUGAGAAAGAUGGUCUGUGGUCAGUCUUGAUGUGGUUGUCCAUCAUGGCCGCCAGGAAACAGGGAGUGCAGCAGAUCGUCAGAGAACACUGGGCCAAGCUUGGAAGAAACUAUUUCUGCAGAUUUGAUUACGAAGGCCUGGACCCACGUGCAGCCUUUUACCUGAUGAGGGAUCUGGAGGGAGUGAUUACAGACAAAGCAUUCACCGCUCAGAAGUUCGCUGUAGGAGACCACUUAUACAACGUGGAGAGGGCUGACAACUUUGAGUAUAUCGACCCUGUGGAUGGAUCAGUAACUCGAAACCAGGGUCUGAGGAUCGUCUUCAAUGAUGCGUCCCGCCUGGUGUUUCGUUUGAGCGGGAGUGGUGGGGGCAUGGGAGCCACCAUCCGCAUUUAUGCUGAGAGCUUUGAGAGAGAUCCUGAGAGACACAACAGAGAGACACAGGUGGUGCUGGGUCCUCUCAUUGCCAUCGCCCUGAAGAUCUCAAACAUCCACGAGAGGACGGGACGCCGCGGCCCCAAUGUCAUCACAUGAGCCGCUGGGAAAAACACACCUGCAAUCACACACAUGCAUCUACCUGCUCACACUCACAAACACCCACACACACACACACACAUACACACACACACACACACACACACACACACACACACACACACACACACAAACACACACACACAUUUCAAAAUACUCUGUCCUGUGUUCAUUUGCCAUUUUCCUGUCCCUGCUUUUUCAUCCUAAUGACUAAACAGACGGUGCUUAAUGUUGGAGUUUCUGUUGCACACUUUUCAAGCAAGUGUUUUAUGACCUCUAUCAUCAGUAAGCCAUCAAAUAAAAUGUAUGAAAAGAUAUUCAAAGUCCAAACUAGGGAGGCUAAUUAAUUAUUUUUAUGUAUGAAGAACGUAACAAAUAUCUACAGAGCAACAUAUGAUAUUCAAGGAGCAGAAUAACUCUUGAUGUUUGUGGAUUAUUUACUAAGAGCCUGUAAUUGUUCACCAUAUUGCUUUUACCUGUCCUGUCAUUUAUAUUUCAUAAUUUUGUUUUUUUAAGCAUUUUCAUGAAGAAAUAUUGAAACGUGUAAAAUAAAACAGGCUUUGCAUCACAACUAAUUGACUGAUGUUUGAUAUAAGUGUAUUGUUCAUGUAUAUUCAUCGCAGGAAGUGGACUGACCGAUGUUUACUACCCAAGUAAAAAAGAAGACGUGAAGAUAAAACAAAUGCAAAGAAAAAAUAUCUUUAA